AUGCAUCAAGUGCAGGGCAAAGUGUUUCUAGUCACCGGAGGAGCGGCCGGUAUUGGUGAGGGAGUGGUUCGUGCAUUAGUGGAAGAAGGUUCAAAACAUAUCGCUGUCUUAGAUUUAGAUGAGAAAGGUGGAAAAGCGCUGGAAUCAGACUUAGUGACAAAGCACGGAACGGGAAAAGUCAAAUUCUACAAGUGUGACAUCACUACAGACGAUUUGAAUGCAGCAUUCGAUGAUGUGAUACAUAAUUUUGCAUACAUAGACGGCGUUAUCAACUGUGCUGGCAUUUUGAACGAUAACCCGAAUGUGUACGCUAAGGCUAUUGCAGUUAAUGUGACGGCUCUUAUAACAAGUUCUUUGAAAGCAUAUGAGCUGAUGCGCAAAGACCGUGCGGGCAAAGGAGGCACUGUCAUCAACAUAGCGUCUAUAGCAGCGUUGUCGAGAGCCCCGUUUGUUCCAAUCUAUGGUGCAACUAAGAUCGCUGUUUUACACUUCAGUAAUGCUCUUGGGAUGGAACCGACAUACUCUAGGAGCGGAGUUCGAGUGCUAACCGUAUGCUUCGGUUGCACGGACACGACAUUGCUGCAGAGUAGCAAAUUUGGGGUAUUCGAACCUGAACAGUUGGGGGUUCUGAUAAAGUACAUCAAAGAAGCUCCCAUGCAAAAGCCUGAGUCCGCAGUCCGUGGGAUGUUAGAAGUGUUUAAGAAAGGUGAAAGCGCUUCCACUUGGUUGAUAACUGCUGACAAACCUGCUGAGGAUAUCACUUCCUACGUGAACGAAGCUUAUAAAAUAAUGAGCCGACAUCAUACAAACGCAUAA